GUAUUGUAUUGACUAUAAUAAGGUAGUAAACACUACAUCGUCUCAGUUUGCGUUGACCUCGUCUAACCAUGGCUCCAGUUGAGACAAACCGUACUUGUUACGUAUGCAAGAAAUUAUUCUGCUGCGCGUCGUGCCGGGAACAACAUGAGGAGAAAAAGCACAAGAAACGGCAACCAAACUGUCCAUUCUGUAUGAACGAGAAAUUUUCGUUCAAAACCCUCGAGGAUAAGGUUCUUCUCUGUCACAUAGCAAUCACGCACUUGCCUCUGUACUGUUACUUAUGUGGUGAAAUUUUCAAACAGAUUAAAGAUUUGGAAUCGUUUGGCACUUGUAAAUGGUGGAAAUCACAGCAUCGAUAUUCAUUGGUGUUCAAAGAACAAAAAUCCGUACUGGGUACACCACCUUUGGUUUCAGAAGAAAAAGCAUUGUGCGAACACAGUAGCAACUUCGGUUCAUUGACCUCUCCUCCUGAACUUUAUAGAAACACAAGUACGCCUAUGGUCAUCGGCCAAAAGACGAAUUUAGAUUUUAAAACACCGAGUGCUCCGAAUUUCUCAUUGAAAACACCAAAAACUAAUUCCGCGUUGAAAAGCAGUUUGAAAUCCGACAAUUCGAGUAAUUACAUGAGUUGCCCGUCUGCCACUAUUCACGAGGAAACCCCCUUCCGUUCUCUGCCAUUGAAUCAGGAAAAUAAAGAACUUCCCCGAGGUAAAUCGAAAAAUCUAGGAAUCAUGAAGAACAAAGAUAAUAGUAACCCAAGUGGACGUUAUAUGGACAAUAAUUGCACGGAAGAUAUGGAAUUAACGAAUGUCGAGGAUGAAGUGUUACCAGAUUCUCAAGUUCUGGAAACGCAUCAAGGAGAGAAACGAUUAGAUUCUCUAAAGAAAGUUCGAUUUUCGGAUCAGUAUGAGAUUUCAUCAGAAGCUAGCCAGAUGAUCGCUCUCAAUGUAACGGAGAACGAAGAUUACUAUGAAGCGUGCAAUACGUUGUUCGAGAUGAAAGAGUCUCUGGAAAAAUCGCAGAUCGAGGUUCACGAGGAUAAUGUGAAGAAUAUACAAAAAGAAUAUCGUAAUCCGGAAAAAGUAAAUGUAAAAAACAAUCAAGAGCCAACUGAUCCCUCGCGGAUAGUGAUGAUGGUAGUCAUGGAAAACAGUUCUAAGAUGACGACAUCUGAUCUAAUAGAAUCUAGUUUAAAGAAACUGGAACGUAUCGCUUCUAAUACAAAUCUUUCAACCAACAGCAACAGUUCCCCUGGUUGCAGUAGCUCGAUGACCUCUGUUGGUAGUUAUUAUACCGCUUUUAGUCAUAAUUGUUACUCCUCGUCAAAUGAGUUAAGCAGUUCUGGUAGUAGAGAUUCAGAUACUUCGAGUAAUAAUACGGAUAGCAGUAACUCCGGUGGAAUUUUAUCUGCGGUUGCCAACGCAGUGAAAAAUGUUAUGAGAAAUUUGGCAAUCGGUUCUUACAAGCAUGUCGAAAAAGAACAAGUGCUUUCAAGAGAAGGCGUGGAGACACCCUCCACUUCAGAGGCCUCAAGUUCCUUAUCAAAUUUCACAUCUUCCUUUUUACAAAGAUCAGGAAAACGACCAAGAGAAGAUAUCGAAAACGCACCUCCAACGCAAACGUCAACGGAAUUUAUGGUCCCUCAGAUUGAAUUGUCCAGUCCCGUUGCGAAACGACACCGUGGAUGGUAUAAAAUUAAAGGGCGAGAACCGAUCGCGAGAAUGCGAAACAAUCGACAACUUACAUCUCAGAGAGGAGUGUCGUCGGAAACUCAGGUUUUCCAUCAGGGAUCGUUAUCGGUUGGAAACACAGUUCUACCACUUCCCGAUAGAGCCCACCAAUCUACGCAAACCGAGUGAUAGUCGAUAAUAAUUGAAAUUCCACCGAUAUCAUUUUUUAUAAGAAAAAUGUUUUAUUGAAAUAUAUUUUUAUGUUAUUGUA